AUGGUAAUUUUGUGCUUUACUACAAUAUUGAUAUUUAUAAAUCUAAUUUUGAAAUCUGAGGCAUCUAUAUACAAGGAUAAAUAUCUUUUGAAUUAACCAAAGAGCAAAGAUUUUGAGAUUAUAGAUAUUUAUUUCAGGCCUUACAGCUGCUUCACAUAAGGACUGUUGUUUGAUUAAUCAAGAAGACAGCUAACUGAAUCAUGUGGAUGGCAAGGUGAUUCAAAAGCACUCUUUACUAAAUUUGAUGAAUAAACUUCUUAGGUUCUUCUUGAUACCCAGGUAAACAUGGAAAAAAAUCAUUUUGGUGAGGGUAUUACGAUUUUAAACUAAGAUAAAUACCUAGCAAUGACCUGGAAAGACAGGGUGUUUUAUAUGAUGGAUAGACAGACCUUGAAAAUACUUUCGACUGAAGCUAUUCCUAAUGAAAUCAAAGAGGGCUGGGGUGCUACUAGCAACGGUACAUAUGUUUUUAUUACAGAUGGCUCUGAGUUUAUUCAUUUUGUAGAUCCAUCCUCACUUUAAGUGCUUAAGUCUCUCAAAGUUGUGAGCCAAAAAGGCACACCCAUCAGAAAUCUAAAUGAACUUGAAUACUUCAAGGAUAAAACCAACGGGAAAGACUUCAUCUGGACAAAUAUUUUCCUCUAAGAUUCAAUAGCUAAGAUAGAUCUAGAGACAGGAAUGAUAAUUAAAAGAGUUAAUCUAAAAGUACUUAGUGAUGUUUAAGAGGCAUAUAUAAAAGAAACUAAUCCAAGGCUAGUAGGAUAUGAUAAAUUUAAUUCUGUAUUAAAUGGUAUAGCUUAUGAUGAAAUAGAGGAUGUGUUUUAUAUUACUGGGAAACGGUGGAGUUUCAUAUUCAAAGUUAAGCUGUUUUGA